UUAUAUGUUACUAUAUUUGCAAUACUGGAAUAUGCUAUUUUAUGCAUGUUCACGUCUCGUGUCUCGUACUUGUGCUAUAAAAAAAGAAAUAAAGAGCUGACCAUUGAAAAAUACUUUCAUGUUUUCUUCGGAUGUUACAUAGACAUACUAAGUUUUAAUUACUUCACGGCACUGUGGUUACUGAUAACGAAGUUUCAAGUGACGUUAGUGUCUUAUAACAUUGAUGCCAUGAUCAUCGCAGUUGCCCUUUAUUUAAUAUACAGAUUUCGGAACUUCAAUCGGCUACUGAGGCUUAAAAUUAAAAAGUGUAAUCAAAAUACAAAAUGGUCGGAUUUACAAGCUCAUUACACUCGCUUGACACGAUUAGUAAAAAUUAUCGACGAUGAUAUGAACCCUUUCGUCUUUGUUUCUUUCUCUUCGAGUCUAGUGUUUAAUUGUAAGAUGAUAUACGACUUUAUACAACGUCAAAAAAAUUACACUGCCAACUCAAAUAACCAAGAUUGCGACAUUGCGAACAGUUCCAACGUUUAA